CUUUCUAUACUGUUCACAGCAAAAAGGAAAGGCAGCUGGCAAAAUUGAUGUGCAAGUGUCAUGGCUGAAGCCCUACAAGGCGGGCAACGCCAUCGAACACACUGCUCUCGUCAGAUACAGCAAGCAGCAGCAAAGAUCUGGCAGCGGCAAGAAUGGUGAUCUUGGUUUGUCUGAGCAGCCAGCACCCAACGCGGUUGCAGCGGAAGAAGUAUCUGAAAUAGUGGAUGCUGCAAGUCAGCCGAUGGACUUCAUGUCUUCAGCUUCCUCGUUGGAAGUGUCGGAUAUCGAUGAGUCAGAACUUGUGGCUGAUGCCUAUACAGAGCCGACUGGUGAUCAGGACUCCUGUUCACAGUUUUCGCUGGAUGUGACUGCCAUGGAUGUGGAGGAAGAAGAUGGUGAUGUCAUUAGCUCUCUAGGGGAGCAAGAACGGCGAGAUGAAGAAGGAGAUGAGCACGAUUAUGGAGACGACGAGGAAGAUGAUGAAUUUUGAGCCGGCAGAGAUAUGAGAGACU